GACAUCUACACGCAGCCCCGCCCAUUUCUCAUCACUCCUCACCAAGCACGUCGCCCUGUUUGGGAACAGAAAAAUCAUCACAAAAUGAGCGACAACCACGAAAAGCCAGGGCCCAGCCCAUCUCUAGCCCCAUCACUGCCACCAGAGGCCAUCGAGCUUGCAACACGCAUGUACAACGCAGCCAGGCACGGCGACAAGGAGCUUCUCACGCAAGCCGUCACGGCCGGGCUGCCGCCGAACCUGACCAACGACAAGGGCGACACAUUGCUCAUGCUGGCCGCAUAUCAUGGCCAUGCCGACCUCGUCAGGUUUCUGCUGCAGCACGGAGCUGACCCCAAUCGGCUGAAUGACCGCCGCCAGAGCCCUUUGGCCGGCGCCGUUUUCAAGAAGGAGGAUGACGUCAUUGAGGCUCUUCUCGACGGUGGCGCUGACCCAGAUUAUGGCACACCCUCCGCCCUCGAGUGCGUCUCCAUAUUCAAGCAGGAGGACCGGUGGAGGGCGAGGUUCGAGUCUGCACCUGGCCGGGGGAAGGCCGUCCCAACCGAUGGUCAAUGAUAUCUCUGAAUCAACACAGUCGCCGUCGGAGUCCCACGUGACAUAUCGCACUGUUUCUUGCCCAGUCCUGGCGUCACUUGGAGACUGACCAACUUGACUGCGGCACAGUCGACGAGUAAUUGCAUUCCGGACUCGCCUCGGCCCACGAAAGGACCUUCAUCCGCUCUGGAUUAGGUCUCGCUUCAUUCCAGUGGCUGUGCCAGCUGCGAUUGAGGCGGGUGGCUUUGUGCUGUGACUCUUUGUGCGGUGUGACUGUUGGACCCUAUCUACCACGACUUGCCAACAUGCGUCACAAGUACGGCCUUUGUUCCAACGCCUCAAGUGCUGGGACUCGACGAUUUGACGUCCCCUCCUUGGAAUAAAAAAAUGGGCGAGAAGGAAUCUCUGUGCUCACACGUGUCGGCUUAUGUGUUUCCUUUUUGAAGACUGCGUCAACGUAUACCUAUAAAUCAAAUGUGUGCAGAAUAUCGAGUCAAAACAUCAUGUCCGUCAUGCGGGGCCGUGAAGCGCGUGUCUUCCUCUUACCGGCCCUGUCUAGAGGCUGUGCAUCGUGGCGUGGGCGUUUGUAAGCGAGUCGAGGGGAGUUCGGUUGAGCUCAAGUGGCUGUGCGGCAGAGAAAAGUGCGAGCAGCUCGCAGACAUACAAUGGGAAGACGAGUGCCAGUCGAGGAUCCCGGAAGCAGAUCGAACCCGAAGGGCGGCCCCCGAAACGGGCUGAACAUUCGGACUCGGUACUGUGCGACUCAUGAUACGGUCUCGCAACAGGCAAAAGACCGUACGCAUCCCGCUUGGUGGUGAUCUCGGCAUCAGAGUAUCAGAGGAAAGUCGACGCGAUCAUCAAGAGGACGCGAUCACCAAGAGGCGAUCAGGGUCCUAUUAUCAUCAGUGCUUUUCGUAACGACAAGGAUUUGUGCGUCUGUUCUGGUCCGGAGCCGCGGCCACGGUGCUGCGAUGAGACACGCGUCCGAACGACCUCACGGCGCCCAGACUCGUCCGAUGGCGCUGUCCGCUCGGCUGUUGAUGCGGUAGACGGGCCUCGCUAGGAACGAUCUCUCGGAUUGAGUCCGACACAGACGUCAUUGGCUCGCUGCCGGCACGAUAAUUAUGCACCGAGAGUGCGAAUUGCAGCAAUGUCGAUUAAGCAUCUUCGCUUAUUCGGUAGAUAUAGUUUGACGAUGCAUUGUGUCCAUGCAGGCCUCCGCCUCAGAACAGCAGCCCUGCCGGCUAUAAGGCGACUGUUGAUCUUUUGCUGAUCCGGAGCCUGUUGACCCGGCACGCGGUGCCGAGGACUAUUUUUGAACAUGAAGAUUCUCACGAUCUCACGAGAGCGCGGGCCAUGCUGCUUGUUAAACACCGACGUUGGUGCCAAGCCGCUUGAGCGCCAGAGCCCACCCAAAUUCACGGGCGCGUGCUGGACGAACAACAGAGAGGGCUGAGAGGUUCACCUGCACAUCAGACUGUCUUCAACCCAUGUGCGUGUCGUGGAGCCGCUCUCAGCCGUGGAGCCGUGGAGCCGCAGCCCAGGCAGGAAGGGCCUCGGACGUUCCGGGGUUGGGGUGCACCCUGGUUUCAAGGGGGUCCCCUGACGCUGACCUCGCGUCCCACUGGCUGCCCCCGGAUUUCAGGAGGCUCAGGCAUCCAGGGGCUAGGCAUUCUGCUGCCGUAGUGCUUGGCCCAAACUGCCCUACCGUCCUGAAACACUUUGCUGCUCGCCCACACAUGCAGGCAGUCUGCCAGUCUGCCAGUCUCUAACACACGCACAUACACGAUGGGGGCGAGUGCUCUUCGGAGGCACUGUCUGCUGGGGUCUGCGGUCCUUUUGUGCCGCAUGGAUUAGAAUACUAUAAUGCCACCUUGGACCGGGCCGACGGGACUGGGUAACGUUACCU